GAGUCGAAGUUCACAAGUCUUAAAGUUACCAAGUUGGAGACCCCUGGUUUAUAUCAAAAUAAACCUGCAUUAGACAAGCCAUCUUCCAGUUUAACGGGAUGCGUGAGCCCACCAUAGCCAAAAAUCAUGGCUACAGUUGGGAGGCGACAAACUUGACACCUCAUCAUCAACUGAGACUAAAGGGAAUUGCAGUCCAGCCUUCUCCAACCUGAAACCCCUUGAAUUAAAAUCUCAAAAUUGUUCAGGUCAUGUGACUUCUGGCAAGGCUGUCUGGGAACUGUAGUCCUAAAGUUGCAGAGAGUAGUAUGGACAUGCGUCUCCUAUCCACACUGCCCCUUUGUAUCCUUAGUUCAGCAUUUCUCAACCUUGGCGACUUUAAGGGGGGGGAGAGGCAGACUUCAACUCCCAGAAUUCCCCAGCCAGCAUGCUUGUGAACUUUAAGGAGCCUUGCUGGCUGGGGAAUUCUGGGACCUGAAGUUCAGACAGUGGUGAGGAAUAUUUUAUGCUGGCUGGGGAAUUCUGGGAGUCAAAGUCCAGACAUAGUGGUGAAGGAAUGCUGGCUGGGGAAUUCUGAGACCUGAAGUUCAGACAGUGGUGAGGAAUGUUUCAUGCUGGCUGGGGAAUUCUGGGAGUCAAAGUCCAGACAUAGUGGUGAGGAAUGCUGGCUGGGGAAUUCUGGGACCUGAAGUUCAGACAGUGGUGAGGAAUGUUUCAUGCUGGCUGGGGAAUUCUGGGACCUGAAGUCCAGACAUAGUGGUGAGGAAUGCUGGCUGGGGAAUUCUGAGACCUGAAGUUCAGACGUGGUGAGGAAUGUUUCAUGCUGGCUGGGGAAUUCUGGGAGUCAAAGCCCACAACUCUUAAAGUAGUCAAGCUUGGAGAGACCCUGGCAAACUCACAAGCAAAACCCGCUGGUGGUGUACAAGGUUUAUUGAGCAGGAAACUUGGAGCAGGAAUGGUUCAGUCCUCGUUGGCCACGUGUUGCUGUUUGUAAGAAUCCAGGCAGAACUUGGUGCCGGCUACCAAGGAGACGGCCAGCAUGGCCGUAGCGACCCAGGGAGGUUCGGUCAGGUGGUUAGCAGACGGGUUGAGCCUGGAUGGGAAGAGUUUAACAUCGAAGGGUGAAGAACGAGAAGCCGACUUGGUUCGCGGCAGCUCGGCCCUCUUAGCAGCGCAACCUCCCAACGGUGGAGGCCCUUCCUCUUACUCCUGCCAAGGUAUUGGCAAAUGAGUCUGAACAAAUGGAGGAGUUGGCAUAGACUUUGAUUUAGGUAGUCCUCCCCUUACAACCAUUCGUUUAGGGACCGUUCAAAGUUACGACAGGGCUUUCAAAACGACCUUGUCCCAGCACGUACGACCAUCACAGCGUCCCCAGGUCAUGUGAUCUAAUUUUGGGCACAUGGCCACCACCCUAUAUUUACAACGGUCGUAGUGUUUGUUUCGAGGUCGCAUGAUCACCAUUGGUGAACCUUGCCAUCCUCGGCUUCCGACCAAGUCCACAGGGCAAUCCAAAGCAGCUUAACCACCGCGGGAUUCGCUUGACAAAAGUGAUUCCCCUAACAAGCAUGGCAUAAAGGUCGUAAAAUUGGGCGUGACUCGCUCCGUUGUCUGGCAACGGAAAUUUGGGUCCCCAUCCUGGCCCUACGUCAUGGGUCUCCUGCACGAGCCCGCCCGUCUCAAGCCGAGGAAUGCCGUAUCUUUGCCAUGCACAUACAACGCAAUUUAUAUUAGAGCCGAGGUGGCGCAGUGGUUAGAAUGCAGUAUUGCAAUCUUAACUCUGCCCAUUGCCUGGAGUUCGAUCCUGACCGGCUCAAAGUUUGACUCGGCCAUCCAUCCCUCUAGGAUUGGUAAACUGAGGAACCAGAUUGCUGGGGCCAGUAGGCUGACAUUGUAAACUGCUGAGAGAAGUGUUGUAAAGCACUAUGGAGGCGGGUCCUCAACUUACAACCACAACUGAGGCCACCAUUUUUUGUUGCUAAGCGAGACAGUUGUUAAGUGAAUCCCUGCGGUUGUUUAAAUGAGUCGCCCGUUCGUUAAAGUGAACCUUGGCUUCCCCAUUGACUUUGCUUGCCAGAAGGUCGCCAAAGGAAAAUCACAUGACCACAGGUCAUAAGUAUGAAACAGAGGCCAAGCGUCCGAAUUUUGAUCCCGGGAUGCUGCAAAGGUCUUAACUGAAAAAUGGGUCGUACGUUAUUUUUUUUUUUUCCAGGGCCGUCGUAACUUUGAACGGUUGCUGGACGAAUUGUUGUAAGCCGAGGACCACCUGCAUAGAGUUAGGUGUUUUUCCACUUAGCGUCCGGCCACCCCAGUUCCUGCUCACCAAGCCAGAACGUUCUUGGGUAGCUUCGUCUGGUCCUGAUGUCUGCAGUAGCAUCUCCUGGGACACGAAUCGGUGACCUGGAAAACUGGCCAAUGGUGGGAACGAGACCGGUCGGCCUCCGGAUCUCGGUCGGCACUGGGCUGGGCGUAGGAGGCAUCUGGCUCGAGGCUGGCGGGCUUGUCCAGAGGAAGAGAGCGGUCCUGGGCAGAAUAACGAGCUACAGUUACAUGGUUCGGGUGCGGGCUGUGGUGAUGACCCGAGACGACUCAAGCGGCGGUUGGGUGCCCAUGGGUGGUGGUGGCCUGAGCCAUGUGACCAUCUGUAAAGUCCGGCACCCUGACGAAGGGCAACGCCGUCAGUACCUGAUCAACGGGGAGCGCCUCCGGGACCAGACGACCAUCUUGGAGUGUGCCUUGAAAAAGGACCUGGUCUACAACAAGGUGAACCCCAUUUUCCACCACUGGAAAGUCGGGGAUAACAAGUUUGGCCUCACUUUUCAGAGCCCUGCCGAUGCAGUGAUUUUUGAGAAGGGCGUGCAAGCCGCUCUGAAGGAGAUCACGGAAGGUUCUUGUUCACCUUGCUCCAGUGCCACCGGCUCCUCUUCGUCCUCCGAGGAUGAAGCAGCUGGUCGGGAUGAAGCCCUUACUGUGCGCACAGAUAGCGAGUCUUCCUCAAAUAGCCAGAAGGAGAUGCUCCCCAAACCCAUCACCAUUGUGACCAGUGAGUCCUCCUCCACCUGCUUCAUUCGCACCCCCAUUUCUGAAGAGUUCCCCUUCAGUUCAACACAAGGGGCGAGCUCAGCUGGACCGGUGCAAGCCGAACCCUUGCAGCAGCUGACUCUCCCAGAUGAGGAGGAGCUGGAGAGCAUCACCCCUUGUCCCUGGGUCACCAAAGGCUAUGAGGACUACCGGCGGGCCGUGGUUCAGAAGCACCAGCCAGACCCUGAGAAAAUCGACCUGUGUGUACACUUUGAGAAGGGCGGACAAGGCAGCCGAUCUCCCCGGGAGAAGGAGUACAGCUUUCCCCCUGGGGCCGAAGGGCGGCUGAAGGACCCCAAGGCCUCGCCCUCCUGCCGGAUCCAUGGGGCCUCCUCCCCUACAAAACACAAGCCAAUGAAGGAGCAACAACAGUCGCCACAGGCGCCCCCUGGAGCCAUCAUGGGCGUGGAAGAGGACACGGUGCCCUCGCGGUGCGUCUACUGCCGGGAUGUCUUUAACAACGAAGAAAACGGGCGGGGACAGUGCCAGGAUGCGCCGGACCCCAUCGGCCACUGCGUCUACCAGUUCACUUGUAUGUGGUGCGCCGAGAGCAUGCUCUACCACUGCAUGUCAGACUCAGAAGGGGAGUACUCGGACCCUUGUUCCUGCGACACCGGCCACCCGCACUUCUGCAUCCGCUGGCUGGCUCUGGCCACCCUCUCCUUGGUGGUCCCGUGCAUGUGCUGCUACCUACCCCUCCACGCCUGCUACUCCUGCGGUGAGCGCUGCGGUUGCUGCGGCGGCAAGCACAAAGCCGUCCGGUGAAACUGAGCAAUUCCCGGACACGCCGUUUGGGGAUUUUUUUGCCACCAAGGCCACGACGGGCGUAAGCCAGGCAGCUUUCUCCGAGAUGGAGGCUUGCUGGGGUUCCAGUCCUUCAACCCAGCCGGCUCUCCCCUUCCCACACUCCCUUUCACCCCUUUGAGGAAAAGGACCCCAGGUGAGGAUGGCUGGCAGCACUCCUGGGAGACCUCAUGGGACGAUUUUCUGUCCCAAAAUUGGGACUUACUUUAUUGCAAGAAAGGGAAAGCAAAAUGGUCAGAUAUUGUCAUGGGUACGCACCAGACACGUAUUUUCCCCCCUCCCUGUGAUGUUCUCUCUAGGGGUGAUUUUUUGGGGAGGGUUUAUUUUAAGGAAAGGGAGGAUGAACUUGGGAAAACAAAACGAGAGGACUACACCGUAACUUUGACCAAAGUUUACUAUGAACUCCGAAAGCAUCCCGCGUUUUACCAAUGUCGGUAACAUCCAUAAGCUCCGCCCGUCCUUGCUGUAUAUGUUUGGAUGAGUCCAAGGCAGGCUUGGGCAACCUCCACCGAGAUGGACCUCACCAACCAGCCAUGUAUUUUGGCAAACCGAUCAGGCAGGUAAAGCAUUCCUUGCCCCCCCCUUCCCUGUGACACCCCCAAUGUCUUCUUAAGAUUGAGACGUAAUAGCGUUGCCUGUAGGACGUGGGCUCACCAGGGAUGAAGAGAAAAUGGUUCUCUUUUCUGGAUUUCAUUCUAUUCUCCUUUACCUUUCCUGACCCAUCGCAGUCCGGAUUUUUAAGUCCUCGGAACACGUAGUCCUUGAUUUAUGACCCUAAUUGAGCACAACAUUUCUGUUGCUAAGCGAGACAUUUGUUAAGUCAGUCUUGCCCUAUUUUAUGACCUCUCUUGCCACAUGUGUUAAGUGAAUCACUUACACUUGUUAACAACGAGGUUGUUAAGUGAAUCUGGCUUCUCCAUCGCUUGUCCGAAGGUCACAAAACGGAAUCACAUGACCCCUGGAGGCUGCAACUGUCAUAAAUAUGUGUCAAUUGCCAAGCAUCUCAAUGUUGAUCAUGUGACCACUGCAACGGUUGUGUGAAAAACAGUCAUUAGUCGCUUAUUUCAGGGCCGUUGUAACUUUGAAUGGUCACUAAACAAACUGUUAUAAGUUGAGGACUACCUGUAUUUUUUUUUAUUUUUUUUUUUGCAUGAUGUUUAAGGAUGUGCUGAACAUGUCUCUGUCUUCAAAGGCUGCUUUCCAUGAGUGAGCAAAAAGUCCUUGCUGGUAGAGUGAGGGCAGGGAUGAAAUGCUACUGGUUCGCACCGGUUCAAGCGAACCGGUAGUAAAAAAAAAAAAAGCUACCGGUUUGUCCGAAUCAGUAUUUCCGACGAUCAGCUGUGCCCCACAAUUUAUAUUCGCUAGAAAGCAGGAAAUCCUGCUUUCUAGCAAAUCUAAAUCACAAGGCACAGCUGUUCCCCCACCCCCAUCACUGUUCCACUUACCUUCAAACGGCUCCUUUUCCCGUGCGAAGCGUGUGUUCGGUGCACACUGUGCGUGCACGGGCAGCGAACCGGUGGCAACCUGCGGAGGAUUUCACCACUGGGUCAAGGUCAGGAAGACCAGAGUGGUGAAUUUGUCAUUAGGUCAGCUGUCCUGAACCCUCCCGGCCUGGUGGGGCAUCAGCUUCCCUUCUCCUCUUUCAGAAUUCCAGCUGGAAUUCAGGAAUUGUAGUCCGAGACACAAUUUGGACACCCAAGUUGAUUAAAAAAAAAAAUCAUAAUAUUAAACCCCUUCUGUCUUUUCCGGCCAAGCCUGCCUGUUUGCUUGGCAUUCUAGCUUUCUGCUCAGGCUGUGUUUGCUUUGGAGGGUUGCCGGUUGGUUGUGCGUGUUGCUAAUUGGCAUCGAUUCGGCUGCCCUGAAGGCAGGCAGAAGUUCUCACGAUUAUGUUUGUGCAUUUAGUGGUUACCCGGGACUCAGAUUUUUGCUAAUACACCAUCGGACUGCUCUUUCUGAGUCCCCCCCCUCCCCCCGGUUGCCUGUGAUGGUAGUUCUCGACUUACAACCAUAUCUGAGAGAGGAAUUUCCAUCGUAAAUCGGUACAGUUGUAAUGGGAGUCAUUGUGUGACCGGACCUAAUUUUAUGACCAUUUUAUACCGCAGUGGUUAGGUGACUUCACUUGUUGGAAGGUCACAAAUUGGGAUCACAUGAACGCACGACGCUGCAACCAUCGUAGGUGCGAAAUGGUUGCCCAAAUACCUAAAAUUGUGAUCACAUGACCUCAAGAGUGAUGCAACGGUUGUAAUUUCAGGGACAGGUCAUAAGUCACUUUUUUUCCUGAGGUCAACAUAGCUUUGAACCGUUGUUAAAACAAACGGUUGUAAAGCGAGAACUACCUGUACUGAUCCCAGACUUACCGAAGUCUCUUGGGCGUUUCCAGGCUAAAAUCAAACGCGGGCAUUAAAAAUGUAUCAAAACAAGAACAGACCGGUCUUUCUCUUGGUUGUUUUUCCCUUAAAAUACCCCUCGUCCAUUUAAUCCCAAGAGGAAAAAAAAAAAACUACAUUACAGGUAGUAAGUCUACAGCUACAACUGGCGUCACAAUUUCUCUGGCUUACCAAGCUGGUUGUUAAAUGAGUUGCGUCUGAUUUUAUGACCUUUUUGUCAUUGUCGCUAAGCGAAUCCCUACAGUUGUUACGCAAAUGAUGCAGUCGUUAAGCAAGUUCCGCCAUCCCCCCGCCCCGCCCAAAAUGACUUUCCUCGUAAAGUCGCAAACAGCGAUCGUCAGAAAUAUACGUUGGUUGCCAAGCGCUCAAAUGUUGAUCAUGUGACCCGUAAGGACGCCAAAUAGUUGUUAAGCGCGAGGAUUGGUUGCAAGUCAUUUUUUUUUUUUUUAAUUUGAUUUAUA